AUGAACGCCGCCUUGGCAGCCCGUCGUUCAUUGUCAACUUUGUCACUACCACCACGAGCGUUCACACGGUCCCUUCAGCCACGCUUCAAGUCGACGCACCACCCUACCAGCCAGCCCACCAACCCCACAGCACCCAACAGUCCCUCCGCCGGCCAGGCUCAACUCAGGGCAGGUGCUGCACUCAAGCCCCGACUGCCCCUUGCUCCUCCUCCGCACCUCGUCGCCGCUGGUCCCUCUUCUGCGCAGCCCGCUCAGCCUCCGCCCUCGCCCCACGGACCGCCGAGACUGGUGCGAUUCCCUUCGCCAGACUACUCCUACACCUACGGCUCCUCUACCUUUUCGUCGACGGACGGCAACUCGUCGAUCACCUACACAAAGGCACCCGUGAGCCGACUCUUUGGAUUCCACAACGCCGCGACGGCCACGUCUGCUUCUUCUUCGACGCGAACGAGGACGUCGAUUGGCUCGCCAGCCUUUGCUUCUCGCUCCCAAACACUCGACACAAUGUCCUCGUCGACGGCCGGACACGUUGCCUUGCCAUCGUCGUCAGCAACGGCAGCAUCAGCAACAGCACAGACAGCAAAUGGGGGAUUGAGGCAACGCAGAGCAGGCGAGCACGAUCACGAUCACGACCAUGACCAUGACCAUGACCACGGGCACAGCCAUGGCUGGUUUGGACACAGUCAUAGCCAUGCCCACGGGGCCGAGGGAAGCGCUGAGGAGGCCGACCGGCUCCUGGCUGCCCUCAAGGGCAAAGGUGACCGAGGGAGCAACAUCACCGUCGUUGGCCUGAUUGCCAACCUGGCCCUGUGCGGUGCCAAGGGCGUCGCUGGCGUCUGGCUCCAUUCGGCCUCGCUGCUGGCCGACGCGGCGCACAGCUUGAGCGACACCUUUUCCGACAUUGUCACACUCUUCUGCUGGAAGAUGUCGCAGAGGCCGGCGAGCCUGUCUCACCCGCUGGGGUACGGCAAAUUUGAGACAAUGGGCGGUCUGGGUGUCAGUGUGGUCCUCGUCGCCGGUGCCCUGGCCAUUGGACUGCAUUCGUACGGACUCUUGCUCGAGGUGCUGCAGCCGGCACUGCAGAAUGCGCCAAAGAGCAUCCAGGCUAUUGGCAGUCUGACGGGGCACUGGGCCUCGGCGGCCGGAGCUCAUCUUCACGAACACCACCACGCAGUCAGCAGCGCCGUGCCUCCCGAUGCGGCCAGCGCUGUCCUGGGAGCCGCCGAAGCGGCAGCCUCUUCCUCCUCGCAAGCCAGCGCUGCGACGGCCCUCGAUGCGCACGGCCAAGGGGAGAAUCUGCUGGACCCUAAUGCAAUGUGGUUUGCCCUCAUCAGCAUCCUCGUCAAGGAAUGGCUCUACCGUGCCACGCUCAAGAUUGCAAAGGAGGAGAACUCCAGUGUACUCGAGGCAAAUGCGAUCCACCACCGCUCCGACUCGCUCUCCUCGGGCGUCACCUUCCUGGCCAUUGGCGGCUCUUACCUUGGCUUUCCCGUUCUGGACCCCCUCGGCGGCCUCCUCGUGGCCGGUCUGAUCGGCAAGCAGGGCUUUGACUUGCUCCUGGGUGCGCUCGCCGACCUCUCGGACCGAGGCGUGGAACCCUCGGUGCUGUCCGACUUUGAGUCUGCCAUUCGUAGAGUCCAGGACGAGCUGCAGAGCCAGAGCGAGGGCGAGGGAAUCGCCCUGUUGGACUUUAAGAAUCUCCGGGCUGUGCGCAGCGGCGUGAGCAGCUUCGUCGAUGUCACACUCGUCCUUGCACCCGAGGUGCAGCUCGCCAGUGCGAGAAAGGUCGAGGUCAAGGUCAGACAGGCCAUCGAAGCAGCGCACAAGGGCGUCAAGGAGGUCCGCAUUCACCUCGACACCCCGACAUAA